AUGCUUUUCAACGCCUCCUCCAUACCUUUCACAAUGAACGCCAGAGUUGGGGAGAGCGGAUUUGUGCUCAUUGCCGCAGUUUUGUACUUGACACUCCUUAAAGCCACAAGGAUGCAGCCAGAGCAGGGCGAACAGACAAAUAAGCCGAUGACGCUGCGUCGAGGGACCUGUCAUCUAUGCCCUGCUCGGCGACACCUCUCGUGGCUAUUGUUGAUGGGUCGGAGUGGGCCGACAAGAUACAGAUGCAGCCAGAGCAGGGCGAAUAGACAAGAAGCCGAUGACGCUGCGUCGAGGGACCUGUCAUCUAUGCCCUGCUCGGCGACACCUCUCGUGGCUAUUGUUGAUGGGUCAGAGUGGGCUGACAAGAUACAGGUCCAUGUAAUUUGGAAAAGUACGUAUAUGAAGAUGGGCGGGACUUCUAACCCUAGAAAUGGCAACCAGGAAUAUGCCAGGCACAUGAAACCAGCCAUCCAGAUCAACUUCAGCCAAUGA